CCAGGGAGCCGAGCCUGACCCUUCCCCCGCUGGGCCCCUUUCCAGCCUCAUGUGACUGGGACGGACCGGAGCGCCGCGUCCCGGCCUCCCUGCGGCGAGGCACUGAUCAGCCCCCACCAUGGCGGAAGCACACCAGGCUGUGGCCUUCCAGUUCACGGUCACCCCUGAGGGCUUUGACCUGCGCCUGAGCCGGGAGGCCCUCAAGCACAUAUACCUGUCAGGUAUCGCCGCCUGGAAGAAGCGCCUCACUCGCCUCAAGAACACCUUCUUGACUGGUGUGUACCCUGCCACCCCCUCCAGCUGGCUGGUGGUCGUCAUGACAACGGUGGGCUCUCUAUACUGCAAGGUUGACCUGUCUAUGGGGCUCAUCAGCCACAUACGGCAAUGCCUGCCCAGCAGCCGGUACCUGAGCUUCCAGAACAGGACCCUGCUAAGUGCCACACUCUUCUCCACUGGCGUCUGGAUCUCGGGGAUCCUGGUCUUCCGGCAGACACUCAAGCUGCUGCUGUCUUACCAGGGCUGGAUGUUUGAGCCCCAUGGCAAGAUGAGCCGUGGCACCAAGGUCUGGGCGGCCAUAACGAAGGUCAUGACUGGCCACAAACCCAUGCUGUACAGCUUCCAGAGCGCACUGCCCAAGCUGCCUGUUCCCAGUGUGCAGGCCACCAUUCACAGGCAGUACCUGGAGUCCGUGCGGCCCUUGUUGGACGAUGCCCAAUUUAGCAAGAUGGAGGUGCUGGCCCAGGACUUCCAGAACGACACAGCGCCCCGGCUUCAGAAGUACCUAGUGCUCAAGUCCUGGUGGGCGACCAACUAUGUGAGCGACUGGUGGGAGGAGUACAUCUACCUGCGUGGACGAGGGCCCCUCAUGGUGAACAGCAACUACUAUGCCAUGGACUUCCUGUAUGUGACACCCACGUCCGUGCAGGCUGCCCGGGCAGGCAACAGUGUGCAUGCCAUCUUGCUUUACCGGCGCCGGCUUGACCGCGAGGAGAUCUCCCCGGUGAAGGUGCUCGGCCUAGUGCCCAUGUGCUCCUCCCAGAUGGAGCGGAUGUUCAACACCACACGCAUCCCCGGGAAGGAGACAGACAUCCUGCAGCACCUAGUGGACAGCAAACAUGUGGCUGUGUACCACCGUGGACGCUUCUACAAGCUGUGGUUAUACUACAGCGGGCGGCUUCUGGGGCCACGUGACCUGGAGCUGCAGUUCCAGCGCAUCCUGGAUGACCCAUCAGUCCCACAGCCUGGGGAGGAGAAGUUGGCAGCCCUCACUGCCGGGGACAGGGUCCCAUGGGCCGAGGCCCGUGCUCGGUUCUUUGGCUCUGGAAAGAACAAGGUGUCAUUGGAGGCCAUUGAGCGGGCAGCCUUCUUUGUGGUGCUGGAUGAGGAGGAACAUUGCUACCACCGAGACCAGGAGGACUGCCUGGACCGUUAUGCCAAGUCCCUGCUGCACGGCCGCUGCUAUGACAGGUGGUUCGACAAGUCCUUCACCCUAAUCGUCUACAAGAACGGCAAGCUGGGUACUAAUGCUGAGCAUGCCUGGGCUGACGCGCCCAUCAUCGGGCACCUCUGGGAGUUCGUGCUGGCGACAGAUACCUUCCAGCUGGGUUACAAUGAGGGGGGCCACUGCUGUGGGGAGCCCAACCUGGGCCUGGCACCCCCCCAACGGCUGCAGUGGGACAUUUCUGAGGAGUGCAGGAUGGCCAUCGAUGGCUCCUAUCGUGUAGCCCAGGUGCUGGCAGAUGAUGUAGACUUCCAUUGCUUCCUGUUCACCAACUUUGGGAAGGGCCAGAUCAAGCGGUGCCGGACCAGCCCUGAUGCCUUCAUCCAGAUUGCACUGCAGCUGGCACACUUCCAUGACAAAGGAAGGUUUUGCCUCACCUAUGAGGCCUCCAUGACACGUCUCUUCCGGGAGGGCCGAACUGAGACCGUGCGCUCCUGCACCAGCGAGUCCACAGCCUUUGUGCGCAGCAUGGCUGACCCGGCCCAGAGCCGGUGCGAACGCCUGCGGCUCUUCAAGCUGGCGGCGGAGAAGCACCAACUCAUGUACCGCCUGGCUAUGACCGGCGCUGGCAUCGACCGACACCUCUUCUGCCUCUACUUGGUCUCGAGGUACCUGGGCGUGGAGUCUCCCUUCCUCGCACAGGUGCUGUCCGAGCCCUGGCGCCUGUCCACCAGCCAGACCCCGCAGCAGCAGAUCAGGAUGUUCGACCUGGAGAAGUUCUCGGACUAUGUCUCGGCCGGCGGCGGCUUCGGGCCCGUGGCGGACGACGGCUAUGGCGUCUCGUAUAUGAUGGGGGGAGAGAACCUGAUCACCUUCCACAUCUCCAGCAAAUUCUCCAGCCCCGAGACGGACUCGCGGCGCUUCGGGAGGCAAGUGCGCCAGGCGCUGCUGGACAUCGCGGGGCUCUUCGAUGCGCCCCCCAACAAAGUGCCUAAUUGACCCAGCCCCGCGCCCCCCUCAGCGACACGCCCAGGGCCGGACACGGGACCGGGCACCGCUCUCGUGGAUCCCACCCUCUCCCCCGCCCCCGGCCGGGGCGUAGAGCGGGGUACAGGGGCAGCGGCGCCUCGGUAAAAGCUGCCUUGUAGCGACA